AUGGCAAUAUUAUUACUAUUAGCAAUACUACUUCGUUUUCAAGAAACUUUUCAGGAUGAUUCGAUAGAAGAUACGGUAUGUUACAGAUUUCGAAAAUGGGCGAAAAAACGCCUUUUUUUUUGAAAGUUAUGCUCUCAAUCGGAAGCUUUGUGAAUUUUUUUUUUGAGAAAUCUAAUGUAAGAAAAAAUAAAUUCAGGUAGAGCUGCUGCAAUGCAAUUUUUGCGUUCAUUCUCGAAAGAAAAAAGAUGUCACCGAUGGUGUAAAGCAAGAACCGGAUUGUAUGAAUCAUUUGAAAUUUCUAUCAAGACCUGAUUUGAGAAGAACUUGUACUCAAUCAGAAAAGUUCUGUGUUUCAGUUGUCACGAAUUUGAAUGGAUUUUUCAUAGAAGUAGAACGAGAUUGUGCAGAAGAUUGCGAAGAAGGUGAGACAUUUUCUAGAUUAAGAACAAAACGAACGUUAAAAAUUAGAGAACGUCCUCCAAAGAGCGAAGAAAAACAUGAAAAUUGGAGUUGAACGCGUUGAAUGAAAAAAAAUUGGGACAGCCCGCACACAGUAGUCAUAAAAGAGAAUCCACACAAGACCAUCGUCCAUAAUUAGCCAAUGCGCCUUUAAAUACCGUAGUAAAAUAAUACAUUUCUGUUUGAAUUUUCUUUUUUUUAAUUUUCUGUUCUUUUUUCAGGGUGCGAUCAACAUGGUUAUGGAUUAUUUCAUACAGAAUGUACACGAUGUUGCAAAGAACCACUAUGUAAUGAAUUCGAUGGUCGACAAUACUAUGAACCUCUUUCGGCAUCUCAACUCAAAUUUUAUUAUGUUUUUUAUUGCAAUUUUUUAUUAUUAUUCUUAUUUUCCUGA